GCCUCCGAACAUGCAACGUUUUGACUCGCACACGCAAGCACACGCGCGUGCGCGGGCGCGUUCGCACAAUUAUUGUGUUUUUACUUUCGCUAAAUUAGAGCGAGUCGGCAGUGCAGCGCUGCUGCAUGCAGCUUCGUCAUGGACGUUGCCAAUGUUCUACACGGUCUCAAGGAGACUCCUAAGGGGAGCCUCUCAUACAGUCCAAAGUGGGACAGGAGCUCAGAGGCCGAAAGAAGAGAGCUGCUGGCUGAGAUUUCUGCCCCCAGCCCUCUCUCACCCGACAUUGCAACGCUUCUCACAGAGGGAACGAGAUGUCUCUCUCUGGAUUCCCCAGCCAAACCAACCACCAAGACCACCUCCGAGACAACGCCCGAUAUUCCCUCCCCGAGAAUGAAACUGAAACUAAUCAUAGAGGGGGAUUCCCCUCCCUCAUCACCCACAGCGCUGCCACCACCACCGAAAACAUUAUUCGAGAUCUCAAACUAUUCCAAUGGUCAAACCCUAACAAAAUCAACUCCGGAAUCCACCGAACCGCCCGGCUUAUUUUUUCAUUCCACACCUGUUGCCGUGGAGACUGCUCCCGUCUGUGUCUGUCGUUGCCACGGAGACGUCGGUGUUGGUGGAGCAGGAGGCGGAGCUGUGUGAGAGGGAGAGUGAGUUUGAGGAGAAGUUGCAGAGAGAGGCGGAGGAGAGACUGGCCAUCAGGAUUGCCUACAUCAGGGAGAUGGGAGAGAGACUGGCAAGACAAGCUGGUGAAGACCUGGAACAGUCUCAGGCAAGGAGACGGAGGGAAGAGGAGGUGGAGAAGGCAAAACUCGAGGCACUCGAGAUGCAGUGGUAUUGUAGCUCAUACACUAUACGUCUUGUAAACAGAGAAUUUAGUAAUAGCAUCGCACAAAUUAAUUUCCCCUCUUCUCCCGUGUGGCUUGUUGUGCAGGAAGGAGAAGAUGGAGCGUGAGAUGGAGAGGCUGGCAGAAAGAUACAGACAACAUGGAGAGGAGCUAGAGGCAAAGCUGAGAGAAGGACAGGAGCAGGAGAAGGAGAUUGCCUGGAGAAACCAGGAGAGAAAGAAACAUGCUCUGCUGAAACUGCACCAGAAGUGUGUGUCACUGAAACAUGAGUGCCAAUCUCUGCUGGAGAAGAUGAAUUCCACUCUGGCCACCUGCUCCCACAGACGCCUCCUACCGGAGAUCGCGUCACGUGCCUACCAGACCGGCUGUCGGAUACUGUUGGCCGUCAUUCCUCGGUUAGAGCAACAGGAGCCCCUGGACGAAGAACAGGUGGGUGUCCUUCACUCCUAUGUGACGUCAGUUCAUCCACUGCUGGCUGAGGUGAACUCGGGCAUCCAGGAGGCUUCCCAGAGAGGUCUGCAAGAGGACAGGGAAAAGAAGAGACAACAACAACAACAACAACAACAGCAGGAGCGGCAAAUCAGUCAACAAACACAGCAACAAAGCCCUCAAGAUUCCUCUCAAAAGACUACAUCAUCACAACUGACUCAGAGUAGUCCAGUGUCCAGUGUCACAAACAUUCAACGUGCGGAUGGACUUUUAUCUACACCCAUGGGCAUCUCUCUGUCAGUAGUCGAACAGUACUCUCGACUCCAGGAGAAACUGGCCCAGAUCACAAAGUCCUGCGAGGCUCUCACAAAAGACGCACAGAGCAAGCGCUACAAGUUCGACCUCCAGAAAGCGGUCUGUACACCCAUCAACGCCAUAUCGGGGCAGAGCGGCGAGCACCUGGUGGAAAAGAUUAGACGGAUCAACGCUGUGUUGUCGGGGAAACGAGUUCAGGUGACGGGGAGGCAGGUGUCUGCCAGCGAUCACCCACAGGGCAGGGCCUUCUGCUUCAACCUCCUUGCUCAGAAGAUCGUGAAACAAGGUGAUGAGCAGGUGUCGUCGCAGUCCAACGCGGCAUUCCUGUUUGCCAUGGUGGCCGUCAGUCUGUGCGUCUCGUUCCCAGAUCUCCGCGACCUCAUUCUGGCCCACUUCCACGCCAGCUGCCCCGUCCUGGUUCCAUUCUACGUCACCAGCAAAGAUCUGUCUGAUAAUGACCGAUGCAGACUGCUGGGUUACAAGGUGUCCAGUGACGGCCAGGUGGAGGGAGAGGACUCCUACCUCAGGAGGAUGUCGGGCAUCGUAAGACUCUACGCCGCAAUUCUGCAGACUCCGACGAAGCCACGCCCACACCCGACACGGACUGGAGCACGGGUGGGUGUGGCUAGCGAGGGUCCUAAACAUGGAGCCACACCCAUCUCUGACGGCCACGGCUCUUCACGACCUGCUGGAAAUUGCAGGCUAUGCUCUGAUGAGAGAGUACGGGAAACAGUUUCGGAAAGUGCUCCACUACAUAUGCAAGCAGUACGUACCACGUAUGGAGAAGGUCACCCCAGUGGCUCAGCAAGGUCCUCUGACUAGACUGAAACUGUUCCUAGAGAAAUGUAUCACGACCGGGAGAAUUCCCCAGCCAAAGGGUCUGCUGGGAGAGGACUUUUGGAGAGCUCACUCCCAUGGAAUUGCAACUGCUUAGCGUAUAAACAGCAGGCUUUUUAAAUUCACAAUAAUAUAUACAUAAUUCAUGCUCUCAAAUGGGCGUAUACAUCAUCCAUUGCACAGCAAUGACAGUUUUUCAAUUUUGUUUUUGUUUGAUCACUGAGCAUUGUUGAGCUGCUCCCGCUGCUGUUGAGUAUACUCCAAUUUGCUUAGACGUUUAUUGAUGCAUAGGAGCUUAUCUUCCAACUCCUCUUCCUCUGCUGUAUCCUCUAAGCUCUUCACUCUCCCCUCCAGCUGCUGCUGCUCCAUGGCGGCUCUCCCCUCCAGCUGCUGCUGCUCCAUGGCGGCUACCCGCUGCUCCAGGCCUUGCACUUGCUGUCUAACCAGCGCCAAUUCUGUCAGAACCUCGGUGAGCCUGGCGUCGGCAGUCCCGUCCCCUCUCUCUUCCACCCUGGCGAGGCGCCCACGUAUGGCAUCGACUAUGCUCCAGAUGUGUCGGAUUUCCUCCUGCACCCACACCUCCAACGAACCGACCCUCGUCUUUACGGCGGCAACUGUGGAGUCGAUGUAGCUGUAAAUCAGCAUCUUUCCGUCUCCGCCUCGAGACUUCAGGCCCGUUACUGUCGCCCAGAACAGGCUAGAUACGUGGGGAGAUUGGGCAUCCUCUGGUGUGGCAGAGAGGUUCAACUCACAACCUCCGUCGACCUCGUCGGACAUGUCUCCCCGGGCGGGUAGUGUUUAGCUGCUGCACAGGGCUUGCUCAGGUGUCGUGUGUGUAAGCUG